AGUAGAGAAACAGACACACGGCAACGCGUAUGCAAAGAUACACACUGCAACGCGUGUACAAAGAGACACACGUUAAACGCGUAUCCAAAGACGCACUGGGACACAAACAGAUCGCUGGAUACGGGACAGAAGCAAAAGACCCCCAUGGAAGGAUGAGGGUCCGUUGAGUAGGAUAGUUUUAGAACAACGUGAAUAAUGCUGCAGCCCAAUCCGGCCCAGGCGGACAGGUGUGAUCACGUCUCCUGCGCGAUGUCCUGUGUUACUGACGGACGCUCCAAACAAGUCGGACUCUGCUGUCUCGCGUCCACCUCCUCCGGCCUACGGCCUGAAGACAUCGAUGUCCAAUAUGACGCCAGAUCCUGAAAACCCUCCAGGAGGGAAAGAACAUCUCUACAGUACGGUACAGAAAUCUCCUUUAACCCCUGUGGCCCCCGUGGUCGGCGGAGGGCUGUGUGAGUUGGAUCGUCUGCUCAAUGAACUCAAUGCUACUCAGUUCAGCAUUGCUGAUGAGAUUUUGGCCCAAUUUCCGUCUGGGAAGAAAACAGAGUUUCAGAAAGAUGACGACAGAAGGACUUUAUCUGCAUCGUCUGCCACUCAGGAGCUGGACCGGCUCAUGGCGUCCUUGUCGGACUUUCACAAACAGAACACGGGUUCUUUCGCUCCACAAGACCUAAUUGCAAGUCGUGCUGAAAUGGCAUCUAAUCCUAAAAUUCCUCAAGGGGAAAUUGAAGGUCUGCAGGACACGUCUGGUCCGCAGCAUCAUGGUGUCCAAUGCAACGCAGGAGCCCCGCAGGAAGCAGUCACUCUGAAGACUUCUGAGGACGCGUCAGACGCCAGGGGUAGAGAGGGAAUAUCCUGCCCCAAGCCUUCAGAAGACUCGUCUUCUCCCAAAACUGACCUGGACUCCAUGAUGGUGAAACUUCAGUCCGGCUUGAAACUGCAAGGCAUUGAAACACAGAGUAAAGGUCUGUGUCAGAGCUGCCACCGACCCAUAGCUGGACAGGUUGUGACCGCGUUGGGACACGCGUGGCACCCGGAGCACUUUGUGUGCGCCCACUGUCACACAAUGAUUGGAAGCACAAACUUCUUUGAGAAGGAUGGUCAGCCAUAUUGUGAGAGGGAUUAUUUUGCGUUACACGCCCCAAGGUGCUCCAUGUGCGACUUGCCCAUCCUGCAGAAUAUGGUGACCGCGCUCGGCCGCACGUGGCAUCCGGAGCAUUUUUGUUGCAGAAUCUGCAAAAAACAAAUCGGUGAAGAAGGGUUCCACGAGAAGGAUGGCGUCCAGUACUGCUCCGAGGAUUAUUUCCGACUGUUCGGUGCCGUCUGUGCCGGCUGCUCAGAGCCGGUGAAGGAGAGCUACAUAUCGGCCCUUGGGGGCUUGUGGCAUCCUCACUGCUUUGUCUGCCAUGUCUGCCGCACUCCAUUCAUCAAUGGAAGCUUCUUUGAAAGCGAUGGUCUCCCUCUCUGUGAAACACAUUACCAUUCACGGCGCGGUUCGCUCUGCGCCGGGUGUGAUCAACCAAUCACAGGUCGCUGUGUCACCGCGAUGGGAAGGAAGUUUCACCCUCAGCACCUAAGCUGCACUUUCUGCCUGCGGCAGCUGAACAAGGGUACUUUCCGGGAGCACGAUGGGAAGCCCUACUGCCAAGCCUGCUACGGCCGCCUGUACGGGUAGAGACGCGGUCCCGCCGGAGGAAUCCUGCCAUUGGCUUGUGCUGCAGGGGACUCUGUGGGACCCAUGACAUGCUCCGCAUGGCGGAAUGUAUAUACUGCGCCGCCAGCUCUGCCUGGGGCGUCACGUUUGAUGUAGUAACGACACGGGACAUUAACCUGCACCGCAUGCGCACGUUUUCACUAUUUCAGCCGUUUUUCAGAGUUGACGCUCUAAGCAGCAUUUAGAAUAGUCGGCUGCUGGGUAAAGACACACCUGCUUCCUGCUCACAGUGGGCGGGGCCUCGCGCCUGCUGUCCUCCAGCGCUCUGCGGGGGUACGAGGCUCCUAAUUGGAUGACGCAGCGCUCUGCGGGGGCGCGAGGCUCCUAAUUGUAUGACGCAGAACUCUGCAGGGGGUGUGAGGCUCCUAAUUGUAUGACGCAGAACUCUGCAGGGGGUGUGAGGCUCCUAAUUGUAUGACGCAGCGCUCUGCUGGGAUGAGGGUAAAGCAACUUUAAAUAAAAAUGUAAUUUUCUGUAUGUUCUUAAAGCUGAUUUAAAUUCUCACAAAUAUUGGCAAUAAAAAUCU